CUCUCCGGUGUUUUACGCGGAACUGACUGUACAGACUUUAGACAUGGCGUAUUGAUGCAGUCUUUAAUUUACUCUAGUACUAGUACUCGACAUGUAGCGGGAAUGAUUCGUCUUUUUCUUCUCGUCCUGGCCGUGUGCCUGGGCGGCUCUACCGCCUUACCAAAGAGUGGUGUGUACGAAAAGAAUGAAUUCUACCGAGACUUGGAAUUGUUGGAGCGUGUUUUAGAGGACGACAGCGGGCUGGAUAAGCUUCAAUCCAGAGAUACACAGGAGUCUACAAAGCUGGAUAUUAUCGGCAAGCCUACGAUUCAAACCACCCAGUUUAAAAAAGGCAAACCUUCCCGAGCGGUGGACGGAAAUACCGACGGAGUUUAUGCUCAUAACUCAUGCACACUUACACGUGUGCAAACAAAUCCCAGUUGGAGGGUAGACCUUGGAGAAGAACACUGCAUUAGUAAAGUCACCCUUUAUAACAGAAAGGACUGCUGUAACUACCGUCUCCAAAAUGCCCAAGUCCGAGCCGGGAGGAACGAAUCCAUUAAGGAGAACAAGGAAUGCGGUAGGCGAGUCCGUAGAGCUGAGGUCAAAGUGGCCGGUGGAGUCGUGAAGAGGCGGUGUGAGCAGCCGAUACUGGCGCGUUACGUCUCCGUCGAUAUCCCCGGAAAGAAACGCAUGCUGACGCUGUGUGAAGUCGAGGUGGAGGAGGUGCCUCUUGAACGUUGUCUUGACAUGGAUGAGUGUGAGAGUAGCCCUUGCCAGAAUGGUGUCUGUCAUGACGACGUGAACGGUUUCACCUGCGAAUGUUCCCCGGGCUACGAAGGCGUGCUGUGCGAAAUAAAUACCGAUGAAUGUGGCAGCAACCCUUGUGAGAACGACGGCGUGUGCGUUGAUGGAGUAGACGGAUUUACCUGCGACUGCUCACCGGGUUUCGAGGGCACCUUGUGUGAGACUAAUAUCGACGAGUGUGCCAGCGAGCCAUGCCAGAAUGGCGCCGAGUGCAUGGAUGGUGUCAACGAGGUGACCUGCACAUGUGUUGAGGGGUUUACAGGACCUGUCUGUGAAAUCGAUAUCCAGGAGUGUGAGAGCGACCCUUGUCUGAAUGAAGGCGUCUGUGUCGACCAGGUCAAUGCAUUCCAAUGUGAAUGUCCUGCAGGCUUCGAAGGAGACACCUGUGAGAUAGAUAUCGACGAGUGUGCCAGCGAGCCGUGCCAGAAUGGUGCCGAGUGCGUGGAUGGUGUCAACGAGGUUACCUGCACAUGUGCUGAGGGGUUUACAGGACCUGUCUGCGAAAUUGAUCUCCAGGAGUGUGACAGCUACCCUUGUCUGAAUGAAGGCAUCUGUAUUGACCAGGUGAAUGCAUUCAAAUGUGAAUGUCCUGCAGGCUUCGGAGGACACACCUGUGAGACAAAUAUCGACGAGUGUGCCAGCGAGCCAUGCCAGAACGGCGCCGAGUGCGUGGAUGGUGUCAACGAGGUGACCUGCAACUGUGCCGAAGGGUUUAGUGGACCGGUCUGUGAAACAAGUUUGAUUCCAGAAGAGCAGAAUGAGUGUGACAGCAGCCCAUGCCAGAAUGGUGUCUGUAUUGACGAGGAGGAUGCCUUCACUUGCGAAUGCUCCCCAGGCUACAAAGGAACCUUGUGCGAAAUCAAUAUUGACGAAUGUGGCAGCGUUCCAUGCCAGAAUGGUGCAACCUGCAUGGAUGGUGUCAACGAGGUGUCAUGCACGUGUGCUGCCGGAUUUACUGGACCCGUUUGUGAAAAUAACAUCGACGAGUGUGAGAGCAGUCCUUGCCAGAAUGGCGUCUGCGUUGACGAAGUGGACAGUUUCAGCUGUGAAUGCUCCCCAGGCUAUGAGGGCACACUGUGCGAGAUUAAUACUGACGAAUGUGGCAGCGACCCAUGCCAGAAUGGUGCAACCUGCGUGGAUGGUGUCAACGAGGUGUCAUGCACGUGUGCUGCAGGAUUUACUGGACCUGUUUGUGAAACUAAUAUCGACGAGUGUGAGAGUAGCCCUUGCCAGAAUGGCGUCUGUGUUGACGAAGUGAACGGUUUCAGCUGCAAAUGCUCCCCAGGUUACGAGGGUGCACUGUGCGAGACGAACAUUGACGAGUGUGCCAGCGAUCCAUGCCAGAAUGGCGCCACCUGCGUAGAUGGUGUCAACGAAGUUUCGUGCACGUGUGCUGCAGGGUUCACAGGGAUACUCUGCUUAAUUAAUACCGAUGAGUGUAGUAGUGCCCCGUGCCAAAACGGAGCUUCCUGCGUUGAUGGCGUCAACAGCUACUCAUGUAUAUGCGCCAUGGACUUCACCGGAAAUGUUUGCGAAACAGCUGUGGAAGAGCCAUUCAGUGAAUGUGACGUCAGUCCCUGUGAUAACAACGGCGUCUGUAUCGAGGAUGAAGAAGAAGGGUUUACCUGUGACUGUUUACCGGGCUUCGAGGGGACCUUGUGUGAAAUAGAUAUCGACGAGUGUGAGAGCAGCCCUUGCCAGAAUGGCGUCUGUGUUGACGAAGUGAACGGUUUCAGCUGCGAAUGCUCCCCAGGCUACGAGGGUGCACUGUGCGAGACGAAUAUUGACGAGUGUGCCAGCGAUCCAUGCCAGAAUGGCGCCACCUGCGUAGAUGGUGUCAACGAGAUUUCUUGCACGUGUUCUACAGGGUUCACAGGGUUACUCUGCUCAAUUAAUACGGAUGAGUGUAGCAGCGCCCCGUGCCAAAACGGAGCUACCUGCGUUGAUGGCGUCAACAGCUACUCAUGUAUAUGCACCAUGGACUUCACCGGAAACGUUUGCGAAACCGCAGUGGAAGAGCCGUUCAGUGAGUGUGACGUCAGUCCCUGUGAGAAUAAUGGCGUCUGUAUCGAGGAGGGAGAGGAAGGGUUUACCUGUGACUGUUUACCGGGCUUCGAGGGGACCUUGUGUGAAAUAGUGCUACAAGGAUGCUCUCUUAACUCUUGCGAGAAUGGACUCUGCAUUAAAGACAAUGUUGGGGGAUCAAAAUGCGUUUGUUCCCUUGGUUACCAAGGCUCCAUGUGCGAGAUUGACAUCGAUGAGUGCAGCAGCAAUCCAUGCCAGAAUGGUGCAACUUGUGUGGACGGUGUCGUCGAGGUGUCGUGCGUCUGUCCCGUUGGGUUUGGCGGCGAUCUUUGCGAAAGGAAACUUGAAGGAUGUUUCCUUAAACCUUGCGAGAAUGGAAUCUGCAUGAAAGACGACAUCGGGGGAACCAAAUGCGUUUGUUCCCUUGGCUUCGAGGGUUCCAUGUGCGAGAUCAAUAUCGACGAGUGCAGCAGCGAUCCGUGCCAGAAUGGUGCAACCUGCGUGGACGGUGUCGUCGAGGUGUCGUGCGUCUGUUCUGAUGGAUUUAGUGGAGCUCUUUGCGAAACAAAAUUGGAAGGUUGUUUCCUUAACCCUUGCCAGAACGGAAUCUGCAUGAAAGACGGUGCAGAGGGAUCCAGAUGUGUCUGUCCUCUUGGCUUUGAGGGCAUCGUGUGUGAGAUCAACAUCGAUGAGUGCGCUAGCAAUCCGUGCCAGAAUGGUGCAGCUUGUGUGGACGGUGUCGUCGAGGUGUCAUGCGUCUGUCCGGAGGGGUUCGGUGGAGAUCUUUGCGAAACAAAACUGGCCAUUGAAGGAUGUUUUCUUAACCCCUGUGAGAAUGGAAUCUGCAUGAAAGACGACGAAGAGGGAUCCAAAUGUGUUUGUUCCCUUGGCUACGAGGGUGCCAUGUGCGAGAUCAAUAUCGAUGAGUGUAGCAGCAAUCCGUGCCAGAAUGGUGCAACCUGUGUGGACGGUGUUGUCGAGGUUUCGUGCGUUUGCCCCGAUGGGUUCGGUGGAGAUCUUUGCGAAACUAAUAUUUGUCCUGUCGGUGUGUCGAAGUAAAUAAUAAUCUCAUUGUAGGGCGCGAUCCUCAUGGACCACCAACUACCAUCAGGCCAUCACAUUAGUCAUCUUUCUGUGAGACGCUUCCUUGACAGUCAACUUUGUCGUCCCUUCAUCGAGAGUCACCUAGCAGUAACUAUGCGAAAUGACCACUGAUCAAGCUAUCCUUAGACCGUGCUAAACGUCAAAUUAUAAGUGGAAACAAUAAUUCUAGUUAUUAGACCAUUCAACCUUGAAACACUCGGAAGAAAUCACCUGCGAGUUUCAAAAUCUGUUAUUAUAACCAAGAAAGCUAGUUCCCCAAUUGCAUGCACUGAGGAGAUUUAAAAUCAAUCCUGGUAAACAACUUGUGAACAACUUCACUGCAAAAACUGUGGUGUUAAUUAAACACCAUUUGGUAUCUAUAUAGGACAACACCAGUAAAAUUUAACACCAGAUGGUCAUAUAUAGAUACCAAUGGUGUAUAAUUAACACCGCAGCUUUUGCAGUGUUGUGGUACAAAAGCGCACACUGAAAUAUUGGUUGAAAUUACAGAAAUCUUACAUCUUUACACUCAGUCAAAAUUGAAUCUGUCCGUCUUUAGAAACUAACAUGAUAGCAACAACGGUGUCUACAUAAUGACCUCCUAACUGUCCUGAAAAUAGUGACCAACUAUCCUUUAGUUACUGAAUUUGCGGGAAAUCGUGAACAUUUAAGUAUUAUUUUUGGUAAUUUAAUUCAACGGGGGUGAAAGGGUUUCAGCAGUUUUGUGUUCAUAUGUCUGUAUUGUUGUUAGUAUACGUACUACUCCUUGAUAAAGUGACGAGACAUGCUUUUAGACCAUUUUAAGUGUUUACCGCGUUGUAUUUUGAGAGCAAAUGCGAUCACAGUCAAAAACAAAAUAUACUUCGGUCUAAUACCUUAGUGCUUGGUUCAUUUAAUAAAAUUAACACCAAUUUUUACCUAAAUGUAUUAUUUAUGAGGGUCUUAGAAACCAAUAUCUAAGGCCC